CGAACAAUCCAGAAGCGGCACUUUCAGUCCUUGCCGCCAAUUCCAAAUCCGUGCUCCCGUUUGGUGAGGAAUAACAACUAAAGAUCUCUCCUGCCUCCCUCUCCUCCCCCCUUCAUGUGAACAGGGAUGAGCCCAGUGUAACCUGGAAGUUUGCUGAGGUGCCGGAGAUGUCGAGCGUCUUUCAGCAGCUUUUCGGGAAGCAGCUGGGAUUUCCCGGGAAAUCUCUCUGAAGAUCUACAUUCAAACAAGACUACCCGAAAGACAUUUGGAGAAUGGAGUGAAGAGAGAGAGCUAUGUUUGGCUAAGGGACAACAGACCAAGAAGAUCAGUCUAUCUUGUCACAUGCUAUUCUGAGUGAUGUGAUGUCGAUGGUUAGUGCACGGAGCAUGCCUCUCAGCCCCACAUCCAGGAAACAUGAGGAGGAGCGGCAGCGGAACACUUGCAACUGCAGCGAGGGUGAAGACGAGGAGAGUUUCAGCAGGGAGGAAACCAUCUACCACACCAUCAGGACAAGUACAGCAGCUAAAACCGGCCACCAAAUGGACAAUCCUGCGCCCAGCACUAUAAUCAUUCGCAUUGGAGUACCAGACUUGGAGCAGACGAAAUGUAUGCGGUUCAAUCUUGAUGCCCCUGUAUGGGUGUCUAAGCAACGGAUUCUGUGCACUCUCAACCAGACUCUAAAGGAUGUACUAAACUAUGGGCUAUUUCAACCUGCGCACAAUGGGAGGGUGGGGAAGUUUCUGGAUGAGGAACGUCUGCUCCGAGAAUACCCAGCGCCCCCUGACACCCCUAUACCAUACCUGGAGUUCCGAUAUAAGAAACGAGUGUACAACCAGAGUCAUAUAGAAGAGAAGCAAUUAGCCAAACUCCACACAAAGGCAAAUCUUAAAAAGUUCAUGGAGUAUAUCCAGUACCAUCAUGUUGAGAAGAUUGGGAAAAUGUUAGAAAAAGGAUUGGAUCCAAACUUCCAUGAUCCCGACAGUGGAGAAUGUCCAUUAACGUUGGCUGCACAAUUGGAGAGCACAUCUGAAAUCAUCAAGUUGCUGAAAAGUGGGGGAGCUCAUUUGGACUUUAGGACCCGGGAUGGAUUAACAGCUUUACACAAGGCCGUACGAUGUCAGAAUCAUACAGCACUAAUAACUCUGUUAGAUCUGGGUGCUUCUCCAGAUUAUAAGGACAGCCGGGGUUUAACACCUUUAUACCAUAGUUCAAUGGUGGGAGGAGACCCUUAUUGCUGUGAACUGAUUCUGCAUGACCGUGCCAACGUAGGCUGCAUGGAUGAAAAUGGCUGGCAGGAAAUCCAUCAGGCUUGCCGGUAUGGGCAUGUGCAGCACCUGGAACACCUGUUGUUUUAUGGAGCAGACAUGAGCACACAGAAUGCCUCGGGGAACACAGCUCUGCAUAUCUGUGCACUCUACAAUCAGGAAAGUUGUGCAAGGGUCCUUUUAUUUCGAGGAGCAAACAAAGAAGUUAAGAAUUACAACAGUCAGUCAGCAUUUCAGGUUGCUAUUAUAGCUGGGAACUUUGAAUUGGCAGAGAUUAUUAAGAACCACAAGGAAUCUGAUGUUGUGCCUUUCAGAGAAACCCCAAGCUACACCAAUCGGCGACGAGGUGGAGGAAGUACCCUCUCAUCCCCACGGACACUGCUACGAUCCACAAGUGACAACAACAUCAACAGCCUUGCGAGCCGUACCACCCAUUCGCCUGUGCCAUCUGUCAGAAGUCUGCCUCCUCAGCUAUUGUCACAAAUGCAGGAAGGAGCUGAGGGAGGCCAGCAGAGCACAACAAGCUCACGAAGCUCACAUAGCCGAUCACCCUCGCUGCAGUGUGUCCAGGAGGAAAGUGAGGCCAAUACCCCCAUUCUCAGGAGGCAGACAAAAGCCAGGCUGAGCCCAAGCACCGUGAGCGCCGACCCCAACCCACCUCCAUUGGCCGCUCCCGCUCACCGAGGACCCAAACGCAAGCUGUACAGUGCGGUCCCGGGACGGACCUUCAUCGUGGUGAAGCCCUAUCAGCCCCAGGGAGAGGGGGAAAUCCUGUUGCACCGAGGGGAGCGUGUCAAAGUGCUGAGCAUCGGCGAGGGAGGCUUCUGGGAAGGGACAGUGAAGGGUCGGACUGGCUGGUUUGCGGCAGACUGUGUGGAAGAGGUACAAAUGAGACAAUACAACACACGACAAGAAACUCGUGAAGACCGAACAAAGAGACUCUUCAGGCAUUACACAGUUGGAUCCUAUGAUAACUUUUCCUCUCACAGUGAUUAUGUCAUCGAGGAGAAGACAGCACUGCUUCAGAAAAAGGAGAACGAGGGAUAUGGCUUUGUCCUCCGAGGAGCUAAAGCUGAGACUCCAAUUGAAGAGUUCACACCCACGCCAGCAUUCCCUGCUUUGCAAUACCUGGAAUCGGUGGACGUGGAGGGAGUGGCAUGGAAAGCUGGGCUAAGGACAGGAGACUUCCUGAUUGAGGUCAACAACAUCAACGUGGUGAAGGUUGGACACAAGCAAGUGGUCUCCAUGAUCCGACAGGGAGGAAAUAACCUGCUGAUGAAGGUGGUGACAGUCAGUCGAAAGCCAGAACUGGAAGAUGGAAUGAGGAAAAAAGCCCCACCACCCCCGAAGAGGGCACCAAGUACUACACUGACUCUCCGCUCCAAAUCCAUGACUGCUGAACUCGAGGAGUUAGCCUCUGUACGCAGAAGGAAAACAGAGAAACUGGACGAGAUCCUUGCAGCAGCUGAUCGCUCAGUUAGGACAGAGAACGUAGCGGCAGACUCUCGAGCUGCAACGGUCAAACAGCGACCCACAAGCAGGCGCAUCACAUCAGCAGAAAUCAGUUCAUUAUUUGAGCGUCAAGGAAUGCCCUCAAAGUCAACUGCAUCAUCUGUAACAGACAAGCCACACCUCCCAAUGCCUAGAGGAAUGUCAAGGACAAAGUCCAUAGGAGCGUCUGAAGAUGAUAAACUAUCGGUUUCAGCAAUGGAAGGAAGGUUUUUACGCAGUACAUCAAUGCAAGAUACUCUCCGGGAAGGAUUAGGCAUACCACCACCUCCGCAGAUCGCCCCACCGCCCCCACCCUCCCCUUACCUAUUAGACACAGGUCCUCCACCUCCUUUCUCACCACCUCCACCCCCUGGACGAACUUAUGAUAAUGUGCGGUCCAGCUUUAAACCCAACACUGAAGCGAAAAUUCAUGGAGGCCAGCAGGUGACGACAACGGCAGAGGUCUAUGAAUCAAAUCGGUCUCCUGUGCCUCCAGUGGAGAGGCAGAAGAGGGCCCGGUCAAUGAUAAUUCUGCAGGAUUCGUCAUAUUACCCUGUGGAGCCAACAGACAUCCCAUGGCCAAGUGCCUCUCCAACCCCUCAAGAGAAAAGCAAGCGAAAGGCAAAGGUGGUUGACAAUCCAUAUGCAAAUGUAGGCCAGUUCAACGUGGGACUCCUUGCACCAACAAAGCCACUUCGUAAGAAAAGCCCUCUGGUCAAGCAAUUCCAGGUUGAAGAUGCAGUAGAGAGAACAUCAUCUGGUGCUAGUAAAGAGCUAUUAGCCAGGAGGAUAGCUCAGCAAUCCGGGAAAGAGUAUGAGCAACAGCAGAAAGAAGGAAUCAGCAAAACACAGGAAGAAGGACAAGACCUGGCCAGUCCCUUUGCUGUUGCUAUUGCAGGGGCAGUACGGGACCGAGAAAAAAGGUUAGAAGAAAAGAGGAAAUCAACAGUCUUCCUUUCUGUGGGUGCCAUUGAAAGCGAAACAGCACCCAACAUCCCAGCUCUGCAACAGUCCAGGUCAGUCGAUGACAGACUGCUGAGUAGCAGCGACAGGUCUCUCCGAUCACCAAUCCCUUCCCCUGUUCCCUCCUCAAAACCACCAGCAAGCCCGCCUGUGACUUUUAUACAUCCUCUGACGGGGAAACCGCUGGAUCCUAACUCACCACUGGCACUUGCGCUGGCCGCAAGGCAGCGGGCACUAGUUGCUGAAACACAGCAUCAGCGACCAACCGCAAGCAAUGAAACUGUGAAAGCCCAAGAAAGAAAAACCCCGGUCUACAUGGAGGGUCACAGCAAAGAGACAAAAAAAGCAGAAAUCGAAUCCCUCACAUCACCACCUUUCUCACCAGAAGACAAAACAAGCUACAGUCCAACAUCUGGAGUACCUGGAAAACAUCAGUGGGGGACUUCCACUACACUGAGGAAAGAAACAGAAACAAGGCCAGGGCAAGUGGAGAAAGCUGAGAGAGAAGAGAAGAAAAUGGAAGAGAAAAAAAGCAUGCUAAUCAACAUAGUAGAUACAUCGCAGCAGAAAACUGCAGGCUUACUGAUGGUCCAUGCAACAAGUAAUGGCCAAGAGUCAGAAAUUCAAGAUACUUCAACAACUGCCUUGAAGCCAUCGCCACCACAACCUCAACCAUUCCUUGCAGAGCCACAAGCUUCCCAGCCACCUAGUGCUGUUUCUGAGCCUCCAACCAGUGAAGCACCUGGGAAAACACAAACUCAAGGAAGCUCUGAUGAAGAUGUAGAACCAUUUGCUGUUUCUCUCCCUCCAAUGCUCUCCUCUAGUGAUGAGGAAACGAGGGAAGAACUUGCCAAGAUUGGGCUUGUACCACCUCCUGACGAAUUCGCAAAUGGCAUCUUCAUCCAACCCAAGGCUGAGAAAACUGCCAGCCCUCCCAGUGGACCUCCAAUUUCAGCACCUUCAACUACUGGCGUUUCACCCUCAGGGAAGCCAACAGAUGCCCCACCUUCAGAAGCAAGUGUGGACUCGGGUGUAGAAGAAAUAGAUACAAGAAGCAGUAGUGACCAUCACUUGGAAACCACGAGCACGAUUUCAACUGUCUCCAGCAUGUCAACAUUGUCAUCAGAGAGCGGGGAGCCCUUGGACACCUACACAUCGUUUGCUGAUGGACAGACCUUCGUACUCGAGAAGCCUCCAGUGCCUCCAAAGCCAAAGCUAAAGUCCCAACUUAACAAAGGGCCAGUCACAUUCAGGGACCCUCUCUUGAAGCAGACCUCAGACAGUGAGCUUGUUGCCCAACACCAGCCGUCUGCGCUACCCCCCGGCGUAGGACGGUCUCGCUACCUCAUACAGAGAAAAUCCAAGUUGUGGGGGGAUCCCAUUGAGCCCAGGCCUAUUCAGAUGGUGGAGGGCAGCAAACCCACUGUAAUAAGUGAGCUGAGCUCCAGGCUGCAACAGUUGUCUAAGGACACUCAUUCACUCGGGGAUGAGCCUACCGCAGCCUCUCUAGAAGCAGGAAAAAGAUCACCUGUUGUUACCGCAAGACUUUUCAGUAGUUUAGGAGAACUGAACACAAUAUCCCAGCGGAGCUUCGGAGCAACAUUCACUAUCCGUCCUGGCUCCAGGCACCCAGUUACCCGAAGGGCUCCAAGCCCUGCGAAACCUGGCGUCGAAUCAAGGACAGAAGCUGGCAUCAGUUCACCAAGGCCCUCACCACUCUCCACACCAACACAGACCCCUCCCACCAUCCUGAAAUCUUCUAGCCUCAAUAUUCCUCAUGAGCCUAAGGAGGUGCGGUUUGUGGUGAGGAGUGCCAGCGCUCGUAGCCGCUCCCCAUCUCCCUCUGGUGUCCCCAUGCAUUCUUUACUCCCCCCCAAACCCUUCUGCCAAAAGCCCAUGGUGAUGUGGAACAAGUAUGACGUAGCAGACUGGCUCGACAGUCUUAACCUAUCAGAACACAGAGAGAGCUUCUUACAUAAUGAGAUCGAAGGCUCUCAUCUACCUGCCUUGACAAAAGAAGACUAUGUGGAACUUGGAGUCACAAGAGUUGGACAUCGAAUGAACAUAGAACGUGCUUUAAAACAUUUUAUUGAUAGCUAGCUCGACUGGAAGG